UUCACUUUCUCUCAAAACAUAUACUAAAACUCGUUAAACAUGCACUCAUAUCUCUUUAAUUAAUUCGUAUAUCUGCCGACCAUGAUAAUUUGGUAACCGCUUAUUAAAAUAUUCAACCAAAACCGAAAUAAAUAAUUACGAAUAAGAAACGAAAAAAAAUCUUAAUAUGAUCUAAUUUGCUGGAGAGGCGUCGGACGUGCGUGCGAGACUCUCCGAGUACACGAGUAGUGCUUAACCAUGUCAUGAUGCUAACUUACGCAUACGCCUUCAUGUCUUCUUGCUAGCUUCAAAAUUCAAAAGUUUGUGUGUAAAGCUAACUUCUCUCAAACGAUCCUGAUGUAUCGACGGUACGAUAAGCCACCGCCACUGGCGGUUACCUCCAAGGAGAAUAAGAAGAAGAAGCAUUUCGUCAACCACACGGCUCCCAACACUCCCGGAAACCACGAGAGGACUCAAGCCAGUCCAACGCUAUCAACGGCUCGAUCUCACGAACCGUUCAUCGACUCCUCCGAUGGUAAGCUCAGCUACGAGAUCUUCUCCAUCCUCGAGAGCAAGUUUCUCUUCGGUUACGAAGACCCGAGGCUAUCGUGGAUCCCUCGUAGUCCGUUACGACCUGGUGCUGAUUCUUCCGACGCUGGACCUUCUCCGAGGUCGCCGUUGACUCCAAACGGCGUCGUUCUCCCUGGGGCUCAGUCUUCGUUUCGGAGCCCCAGAGGGAGAAUCUGCGUGCUGAGCAUCGACGGCGGCGGGAUGAGAGGUCUUUUGGCGGGAAAGUCGUUAAUCUAUCUCGAGCAGAUGCUGAAGGAGAAGUCCGGCGAUCCGAACGCUCGGAUCGCGGAUUACUUCGACGUCGCCGCCGGAUCAGGAAUCGGAGGCGUGUUCUCGGCGAUGAUGUUCGCGACUAGAGACGGUAACCGCCCGAUGUUCAAGGCGGAGGACACGUGGAAGUUCUUAGUGGACAACGCGGAGAGUUUCUACAGAUCGGCCGGAGGAGGAGGAGGAGGCGGAGCAGGAGCGGCGAUCAAACGCGUGAUAAGAUCCGGAUCAUCCUCGUCUUCUUCCGUAACCGCCGCGACGGCGAAGCUCGAGAAAGCGAUGAAAGCGUCGUUCGCUGAUCUGACGCUCAAAGACACUUUGAAACCGAUUCUAAUCUCUUGCUACGAUCUCUCCAGCACGGCGCCGCUUUUAUUCUCACGCGCCGACGCGCUGGAGAGUGACAGUUUCGAUUUCCGUCUCCGAGAUAUCUGCCGCGCCACGUGGGCGGAGCCGGGGACGUUCGAUCCGGUUCGCGCGUCCUCCGUGGACGGGAAAACGCGGUGCGUUGCGGUUGGAGGUGGGCUCGCGAUGAGUAAUCCGACUGCGGCGGCGAUAACGCACGUGUUUCAUAACAAACAGGAGUUUCCGGCGGUUAAGGGAGUGGAGGAUAUGUUGGUGUUGUCGCUUGGGACUGGUCAGCUUUUUGAAGUGAAUUAUGAUUAUGAGCAAGUUAAAAACUGGCGGGUAAAAGAAUGGGCCAGGCCCAUGGCGAGGAUCUCUGGUGAUGGUUCUGCUGAGUUUGUUGAUCAGGCCGUUGCUAUGGGCUUUGGGCCUUACCGGAGCAGUAACUAUGUUCGCAUUCAGCAGGCAAACGGAUCGAGGUUAGGAGCUUGUGGGCCAAACGUGGACACGGAUCCAAGAGCAGAGAAUGUAAAGAAACUGACGGAGAUAGCUGAUGAGAUGUUGAAGCAGAACAAUGUUGAAUCGGUAUUGUUUGGUAGCAAAAGGAUCGGUGAAAUGAGUAAUUCAGAUAAACUAGAGUGGUUCGCGAGCGAGCUUGUGAUAGAGCAGCAAAGACGAAAUGUUAGCGCGUCACCAACCGUGACGCUAAAGCAAGCUGUGUCCAAAACCAACCGCAACGCUAUAAACGCAACUCUCACUCUCAUAUCUAAAGAAAGGUGAAAAAACUACUUGUAAAGGAGGCUUAUUUUUGUGCUUUUUGGUUUUUUUUUUUUUUUUGGCUUUUCUUUUGCUUCAACGUUGAGAUUUUUAUGUCUGCCAUUUACAUAAGAAAGUACAUUUACAGAAAUACAAAUAACAUAAGAAUUAUCUUGUCACAUGUUAAUUAUUAGAAGCUGAAUUUUAUUGAACAUGAAAUGUAUGUACAGAGGGCAACAAUAAUGGUUCUGAGUUUAUGAAAGCUACAAAAUCCCAGAGAGUUCAAAGAAAAGAAGAAGAAGAAGAAGAAGAAGAAAACCUGAGACUUAUCUAUAUAUCACUACACAACAUUACUAUCAGUCUUUCUUUCCUGACGUUGUAAGUUAACUACCGACCUAUCUUAACAGCCGGAGCCAAAUUCACCAC